GCUCAAUUUUAUCCUCCGAUUGCUUUUGAUACAGAGAAAGGAAUAUAAAGAGCACUUAAGUAGAAGUUUGGAAGCCUCCGCACAAUUUCAGGUUCAACAGAACAUUUAAGCCAAGUUUCUUCUCCAAAUCCAAAUGAGCAAAGGUGAAAUUCUACCUCAGGAUAUCAUAAUUGACAUACUAUCUCGUCUUCCUGCAAAAUUCAUCGGUCAAUACAGGUGCGUAUCAAAGCAAUGGUGCAAUUUUCUCUCACACCCACAAUUCAUCAAAUUUCACUUCACUCUCCAUGCUCAUAAACAAGAAACUAAACUCAUUUUCAUCUCUGAUUCUGACGAUCUUCACACUAUCACCUUUAAUCGUAACCCCCAAAAUAUAAUAUUCGAUGCCAUUUCAACAAACCUUAAUUUUCAGAACAACUGGUUAAGUAUUGCUUGCUCAUGUAAUGGGCUGGUGUUGGUGGAAAAUCAGGAACAUAUUAUGUACUUAAUUAACCCCACAACCUUAGAUUACCAUAGAAUUCCAGUUUUUCAUUUGGGUCUUCCUCAGCAAAGUAGCUACAGAGAGUAUGGUUUUGGGUAUGAUUUUGCUAGUGAUGAUUAUAAGGUGGUUAAUCUUUCUCGAUAUCGAAAGGGGAAUAUUGACACUACUUUUGUUGAUGUCUAUUCGGUGAGAAUGGGUAUAUGGAGGAGGCUAGAGAGUUUACCUUACGAUGAUGUACUUUCGGAGCGAGGAGGGGCUUCUGGGGUGUUUGUAAAUGGGGUUUUGCAUUGGAUGGCAAGUAAAGCUUCUUCUUUCGUAAUUAUUGGUUUUGAUUUAAGUGAUGAGAAAUUUUUCGAGGUACCAGCACCUACUAAUCUUUAUGGAAAUGAGUUGGAUUGGUAUGAACUUAGGAGUUUUAGAGGGUGUCUUUGUAUGUUUUGUGCUUUAUUAGAAAGCGAAAUUGAUGUUUGGGUGAUGAAAGAGUAUCGAGUUGAGGAGUCUUGGAUCACAUUUAGUAUUGAUAGAAUGGAUUUAGAGAAUGGUUUGGUACCAUUUUGUCCGAUUAGUGAUGAUGAUGUUGUAUUGAGUGUGGAUAGGGAUAGGUUGACUGUCUACAACAUCAAAGAGGAUCAAUGGAGAUAUAUGGAGGUAGAUGGAUUAACUUAUAUGUUUGAAAGGACUGGAAUUUUCAUUGAGAGUCUUGUCUCGCCCAUGUUUGGCAAGGGAACUGAGGGUUACCAUAUUGCUUGAUGUGAUAUUCUGAGUUUAUGUGGUACUAAGAGGUAUGAUUUUGUUAGUGAUGAUUUUAAGGUGGUUACUCUUUUUUGAUAUCGAUAUUGACACUACUUUUGUUGAUGUCUACUUAUGGAGGAGAUUGUGUAAAUGGGGCUUUGCAUUGAUUGACUAGGAAAGCUCCUGGUUUUUCCAUAUGUAAUGGUUGUUUUUCAUUUGAAGUAAUGAGAAAUUCUUGGAGGUGUCGACACCUACUAACAAUAAGUUAUUGUUUAAUAAGCUUUCAGAUCUUAAAGGAUAUCUUUGUAUGUUAUAUGAUACACUAGGAAACUAAAUUGAUGUUUGGAUGAUGAGAGAGUAUCGAGUUGAGGAGUCCUGGACUAGAUUUAGGGUUGCUAGAAUGGAUGGUCUCGUACCAUUUUGUGCGAUCAGUGAUGAUGAUAUUGUAUUGAAUGUGGAUAGAGAUAAGUAUUUGACUGUCUACAACGUGAAAGAGGAUCACCGGAGAGAUAUGAAGGUUGAUGGAAUAACUGCUAAAAGAUAUCCAAACUUUGAAGCUCUUUUGAACUCUUGAUACAGAUAUAUGUUGUUAUUUUCUGAUUCAUUUAUUUGCAACAAUAUAAUAUAUAGAAUAUUUUGUCGCUGGUUGUCUUGUGUACA